AUUGUUUUCCAGCUCUAACCGCAGCAUAUUAACAAAAACAACACAUAUUUUGCAUGUGAUGGUUAAAACUCGGCAUUAAUAUAAUAGUUAAGUGCAAUGGAGUCAAUGACAGCGUAUAACAAACACUCGCCCAAUUGAGGCGUCAUCUUACUAUUAUUAUCAACGACGUGCCACUUCCAUACCCAAUUUACCGUUUCCAUGCUAGAGAUAAAAACUGUUGUGUCUUCGUCUUCAGCCAUAGGCAGAGUGUCGUCAUGGGCUGCAUAACGAGCACCAAUAAACUGCAUGAACUUCGCCAGGAAAAUGUGUUUCGAGUGCGUGUCGCCCAUCUGCAGCCCAGCGGACCAGAGGCACCAAUUAUACGCAGCGGUUACUUGGAAUUGACCCCGCGUGAAUUGAUCUUCUUGACACCCGGCUACGAUCCAAUUGUCUGGGCGCUGCAGCAUCUGCGACGUUAUGGACUGAAUGGCGAUCUCUUCUCGUUUGAAGCAGGGCGUCGUUGCAUGUCGGGGCCAGGCAUCUAUACUUUUCGCAUCCACAAUGCGGAGCAAUUAUAUCCGAUGUUUCAACGCUACAUCAAUGCUGUCAACACAGAUGCCUUUGCCCAGGUGGAACGCGAGCGGGAACGCGUCAAUUCUACCCACUCGGUAUCCGUGCUCAUGGGUCGCAGUGAUGUGCAGCCGCACAGCAAUAAUUACUUGGAACCGGCUCCGAUGAUGGCGCGUGCAGCGCUUCAAGUGCAGCAGUCUGCAAAUGAGUUGAGUGCAAGCGCCACCAACGACUCACCCGAGCAGCUCCCCAAUCUACAGUUAAAUAUGGGCGAGAUGAGUGCGACAACGGCGACUGGUAAUCUGCAGUCGCCCAUCACACCAGGCGCCUACAUAAAUACGAACACGAAUGUCUACUUCGAUCAGCCACUGCAGCGGUUGCUACAGGAGCAGAACAGUCGCAGCUCGCCAUCCGAAGCCACGCCCACCUCCUCAAACAGCGGAUUUAGCACGAUGCGGCGACAGCAGCCAAUAUCAGCGGACUUGCCACCGCAGGAGUCGGCACCAGCACUGAACGAAACGCUGCGUCUGUAUGCGAAUGUGGAGACGCCACGCGAGCGGCAGCUAUUCGAGACACCGCUGGGCUCGGCGGGUUGCAAUGAACGUUGUUAUGAGAACAUAAAUCGGUUGGAUUUGCCACUGUUGCCGCGUGAUUGCUCUCAACAGUCGGUAGCAUCCAUCACGCAGGUGCAGCAGCAACAACAGCAGCAGCAGCAGCCGCCACAGCCAGUUACACCCACCAGCUUGCCGGGAGUGAACUAUAUAGUGCUGGACUUGGAUCAGCCACGCAGUCCAGCGCAGAGUUCCCCCAAAACUGUGACCAAUGGCUUUGGCAGCGGCCUCUCGCUGACAGCGGCAGCAACAGCGCCCGUUACGCCCGAAGGACAAAUUACAACGGAUCCCACGCAAUCUGCACAGAAUCGCACAUCGAAUGCUGUAGCAACUGCACAGCCAGCAACAGCGACAACGACAGCGGCCGAAACUGUGGCUACACAAGGCUACUCGACGAUCGACUUUAUACGCACCUAUGCGCUGAACAAAUCCUCGACGGCGCCCACGAAUCACGACGGUGAGGUGGCUACAAUCUGUCAACCACAGCAGCAGCAUCAGGACCAUACGCAUGAAGACUGUGAGCUGCGCAUCACAAGGCAUAGCAAAUGUGUUCGGAAAGCCUACUCGAUAAGUGAAUAACAGGAAGAGGACGAGUGCAGAGUGACGAGUAAUAAUUAACUUGUGGUAAAUGACGAGUAAUAAGUAACUGGAGCCGGGUGAGGAAUAACAACCAAAGAGUCAUUUGUCGAGAGUGAAGAGCGAAAAGUCACUUGUGACGUAUGAAGAGUAACUAGUACAACUGAACCAUAGUAUGAAGACUGUAA